UUACGUGGAAGAUAGAGCUUCCUCAACUUGGAUGCCAAUAAUGGACGGUGGCAGAAGCUCGAGAUUUUAACCGUUACGAUGAGGACAAGUGGACGGUAGCUUCACCACACUCUCUCUCCUCAAGUAUUGUUAUAAUUACGCCCUCUUUCUCUUCAAAUAUCCGUCCACUACAGUCUGUUUAGAUAUUAUCGCAUACAAAGCCGACUUUAAUUCUCUCUCUUUGAAAAUGUCUUGCUGUGGAGGAAACUGUGGAUGUGGUUCUAACUGUGGUUGCGGCAACGGCUGCGGAGGAUGCAAGAUGUUCCCGGACUUUGAUGAGAAGGUUCAAAACGCUACUGUCCUCGUCUCUGGUGUUGCUCCCAAGAUCUCGUAUGUGGAGGGAUCAGAAAUGGGAGUAGCUGCCGAGAAUGGUGGAUGCCCUUGCGGUGACAACUGCAAAUGCGACCCUUGCACAUGCAAAUGAGAUGAUUAUGUUCCGAAAGACGCAGAGCCAACUAAUAGGAGCAGCGUUAUAAUUAUGGUGUAAUAACUAUAUAUUUGUACUCCCAAUUGUGUCAAGAUCAAGUGUUGAGACACUAUUCUUGUGAUUUAAAGUUCUAUUUAGGGUUUUUUUAAGAAUAACUUAUGUCAUAGCCUUGAGAAGUGUGGUAUGAUUGAUGUUCUAUGUAGUGUUUGAGUUAAUAUAAUAUGUGGUUUUAUUAGUA